AUGCUGUACAGAGUUCUGUUGACCAAGGUGAAAUUUGGAAAUACAACAUUUAAGACAGAUGUGUAUCCCAAAUCACUUAAUCCUCAGUGGAAUUCUGAGUGGUUCAAAUUUGAAGUAGAUGACGAAGAGCUACAAGACGAGCCUCUCCAAAUCACAGUUCUUGAUCAUGAUACCUACAGUGCUAAUGAUGCCAUCGGCAAAGUGUACAUAGAUAUUGAUCCUUUGCUCUAUAGUGAAGCAGCUACAGUUAUUUCAGGAUGGUUUCCUAUUUAUGAUACCAUUCAUGGUAUACGUGGGGAGAUCAAUGUGGUUGUGAAAGUAGAUCUCUUCAAUGAUUUAAACAGAUUUAGGCAGUCAUCCUGUGGAGUCAAGUUUUUUUGCACUACAUCUAUUCCUAAGUGUUACCGAGCAGUAAUAAUUCAUGGAUUUGUGGAAGAACUUGUAGUUAAUGAAGACCCAGAAUACCAGUGGAUAGACCGAAUUCGUACACCAAGGGCAUCGAAUGAGGCUAGACAAAGACUUAUUUCACUCAUGUCAGGUGAAUUGCAAAGGAAGAUUGGCUUGAAGGUGCUUGAAAUGAGGGGAAAUGCUGUUGUUGGUUAUUUGCAGUGUUUUGAUUUGGAGGGAGAGUCUGGACUGGUUGUACGAGCCAUAGGAACAGCCUGCACGUUGGACAAAUUAAGUAACACAUCAGCAUUUUUACCUGCAUGUAAUUCACCAUCCAAAGAAAUGAAGGAGAUUCCCUUCAAUGAAGAUCCCAAUCCCAAUACUCAUUCAUCAGGACCCUCCACCCCUCUGAAAAACCAAACCUAUUCCUUUUCACCUUCCAAGUCCUACAGUCGACAGUCCUCUUCUUCUGACACAGAUUUGAGUUUGACACCCAAAACUGGAAUGGGCAGUGGGAGUGCUGGAAAAGAAGGGGGGCCAUUUAAGACUCUUUUAAGACAACAGACUCAGUCAGCUCUGGAACAAAGGGAAUUUCCAUUUUUUACCUUGACGACCUUUCCACCAGGCUUCCUUGUCCACGUUGGUGGUGUUGUCAGUGCACGGUCUGUGAAGCUCCUGGAUCGCAUUCACAAUCCCGAUGAACCAGAGACACGAGAUGCAUGGUGGGCAGAAAUCAGACAAGAAAUAAAAUCCCAUGCCAAGGCAUUGGGUUGUCAUGCUGUAGUGGGCUACAGUGAAUCAACUAGCAUUUGUGAAGAGGUCUGUAUUUUGUCCGCGUCUGGCACAGCAGCUGUACUGAACCCUAGGUUUCUUCAGGAUGGCACCAUGGAAGGCUGUUUGGAACAAAGGAUUGAAGAAGCUUCACCACCAGGUUGUGGAUUUUGCCAUAUACCAUAUGAUGAAUUGAACAUGCCGUUCCCUGCUCACCUCACUUACUGUUACAACUGCAGGAAGCAAAAAGUUCCUGAUGUCCUUUUCACCACAAUUGAUCUUCCUGUAGAGGCAAUAGUUAUUGGGAAGGGAUGUCUUAUUCAAGCCAGGUUAUGCCGUCUAAAGAAGAAAGCUCAAGCUGAAGCAAAUGCGACAUCUAUCAGUAAUCUCUUGCCAUUUAUGGAAUAUGAAGUGCACACGCAACUGAUGAAUAAACUUAAACUGAGAGGAAUGAAUGCUCUGUUUGGGCUGAGAAUUCAGAUCACUGUGGGUGAAAAUAUGCUGAUGGGGUUGGCAUCUGCAACAGGUGUGUAUCUAGCAGCUUUGCCAACACCUGGUGGUAUUCAGAUUGCUGGGAAGACUCCAAAUGAUGGCACCUAUGAGCAGCAUAUAUCUCACAUGCAAAAGAAAAUAAAUGAUACAAUAGCCAAAAACAAGGAACUUUAUGAGAUUAAUCCUCCAGAGCUACCUGAAGAAAUCAUUGGGUCUCCCAUUCCAGAACCAAGACAACGUUCCAGGUUAUUAAGAUCUCAGUCAGAAAGCUCUGAUGAAGUUACAGAGCUAGACCUUUCACAUGGGAAGAAGGAUGCUUUUGUUUUGGAGAUUGAUGAUACAGAUGCAAUGGAAGAUGUACAUUCUCUACUGACAGAUGUUCCACCACCUUCUGGUUUUUACAGUUGCAACACAGAAAUUAUGCCUGGUAUAAAUAACUGGACACCGGAAAUUCAAAUGUUCACAGCAGUAAGAGUAUCCAGAUUAAGCAACAUUAACCUAACAAAUCAAACACUCAAUAAGAACUUUAAUGAUCUCUGUGAGAAUCUGUUGAAGAGCUUAUAUUUUAAACUACGAUCUAUGGUUCCCUGCUGCCUUUGUCAUGUAAAUUUUACAGUUGCUCUACCAGAAGAUGAAUUAGUUCAAAUUGCAGUCACAGCUGUUGCAAUUACAUUUGACAAAAACCAAGCAUUACAAGCCAACAAAGUCCCUACAGAAAAAUCACAGCAAAGAGCAUCUACAGACAAUGAAGAACAGCUACAGUUUCCAUUGGAACUUUGCUCUGAUCCCCUUGCUUCUCAACCAUUCUCACCAGCUAAAGAAGUCCUGGAGGCAACGUCAAUUGAUUACAGUUCCUUUGCAGACAGAUGCAACAGCUGGAUAGAGCUCAUUAAACUGAAAGCUCAGACCAUAAGGCGCGGAUCAAUUAAGACAACUUGGAAAAUUUUGGGUGAGAAACAGGAAGCAAUCACCAAGGUGACAGUCAAGGCAAUGGUCACUAAAUUAGCAAGUGCUGCUUCACUUGAUAAAGCAAGUCCAUUGGCUGAGGGAUACUUACGGCACCGUUCUGUUCCAUCAUGCACCAAUUCUACCGUCUCAGUUGUUAAGAUGACACCUCUUUCUUUUCUACCUGGGGCAAAAAUAACCAAAUAUCUUGGGAUAAUCAACAUGUUUUUUAUACGAGAAACCACUUCUUUGCGUGAGGAAGGUGGUGUCAGUGGUUUUCUCCAUGCUUUUAUUGCUGAAGUGUUUGCAAUGGUGAGAGCUCAUGUUGCAGCUUUAGGGGGCAAUGCCGUUGUCUCAUACAUAAUGAAGCAGUGUGUUUUUAUGGAGAAUCCAAACAAAAAUCAGGCCCAGUGUUUAAUCAAUGUAAGUGGCGAUGCAGUCAUCUUUGUACGUGAAUCUGAGUUAGAAAUGUUACCAGUACAACCUUCUACGGUUGUUUCUCAACCUACAAGUUCUGGAGGAGAUGUCACGACGUGAAGACAGAAAAAGUGAAAUAGUCUCUGCCAAAUAUAAAAAUUGUUUAAAAUGUGGGAAUGUUUAGGUUUGCAUCUUCAAAAUCAGUAUCUCCCCAUAACGUUAACAGCCCAAAUCCAAGACAACCACUAUACUUUGUCCUUUAUGUAAUGGUCAGGGCAGCAUAUUGGCAGGUAUGCUUUGAUUCUUUUGUUACAAUUACAGGCCCCUGUGAAACAGAGACAGAAGAUGAAGCACUGAUAUGAAAGCAUGGAUUAAAAUAGUAGGCAUCACAUGGAACUGUGAAAGUAAACAAAAACUCUGUUGCAUUUCCCAGCUGUUUAACAGGACCAUGACAAGUUAUAAUUCAGAACCAUCUCUGAGUUUGCAUAUUGUAUUAGCUGAUUCUCCGCUCAGUUUAAAAAAAAUAAAAGCGGGGUUGAGGUGGGUGGGAGAUAACUGAGAAGCCUGUAUUAGCAACCGUUGCCCGAGGAGCGAGAGAUUUGUGCGCAGGCUAAUAAAAUGUGGGCUGAAGUCU